CAUUCAAACUGCGCGCUAUUUAGAGAAACAACAGCGCGCAUGCUCCAAGCCACGUUUUGAACUCUGAACCAAUUCUCGUGUGUAGAGCUGGAUGGAGAUCAUGACGACUGGUGGAGUUAGCGGCGAGGGAGAGGGAGGAAGGGAUGGAGAGAGAGAAGGAGGACACAGGAAAUGGCGAAUGCUCUCUCUCACAUCUUGUCUUCUACUGAGGCCGGGAGACAGCGGGAGAUGGGUAGGGGAAGGUGGGAAGAGAGUCAGAGAUGGAAGGAGUCCACCACUGAGGAAGAGAAGAAGACAGCAGCAAAUAAACCUAGAAUUCCACAAAUUUCGUGUGUUAGAAUGGCAGACUCUGGAUCAGAGGACGGAGGUGUUUCCCCCAGUUCUGAUGAUGAUGAUGUCGUCAGUACUGCUGGUGAUGUCGUGGCCAGUUGCCGACAGUUACCAGAUGCAUCGACGCUUGACUACGAACGCAGACUCCAGAAGAUAGCAACUACUGGUGUGGUGCAGCUAUUCAAUGCAGUAAGCCAACACUCCAAACAGCUCCAGACACAAGUAAAGGCAGCCGCCGGCACCUCUCAGAAGAAAAAGGCCAAAGUUCUGUCAACCAUUGACAAGGGCAGUUUCCUAGACAUGCUGAAAGGCAGAAAGUCUGAGGAGAAGAAGUGGCCAGUUCUGAAGGAAGACUUCAUGAUGAAGGCAAAGAUGAGGGACUGGGGGAAAGAGGAGGAGGAGGUGGAGGGAGAGGGAGAGAAAGACAGCAGCUCUGAAUCUGAAACUGACUAG